AGGAAGCUGAUAACACUGAAGUUAUAAUGUGUAGGCCCUACACUGUAGGGGAAUUGACUAGAUGAGUUGUACUCAUUGAGGAAAUUUAUUGUGUAUCCCACCCCCAAUAAAUCAAACUGACAGUUGAAUGUGUGGUCCAUACGUGUUAUUGAGUUUGUGAACACGGUCACUUGAAGUGGAUCAAAAAUGGUGGAUUAUAGCAAGUGGAAGGAUAUUGAGAUUUCUGAUGAUGAGGAUGAAACUCAUCCAAACAUUGACACUCCCUCGCUGUUUCGUUGGCGACACCAGGCUAGAAUUGAACGAAUGGAAGAACAAAAAAGGGAGAAAGAAGAAUUUGAUAAUGAAAAGUCAAGUCUUGAAAAGAAGUUAAAAGAAACAAAACAGAAGUUGUCAGAAGCUGAAAAAGAUGGAGCAGACUUGUCUGAACUGAAAGCAGUUCUGCAAGAACUUCAGCAAGAGUCAGAGAAAAUUAAACAUAAAGAGGAAGAAAUUAAAAAGAAGGAAAAGGUAACACCAUGGAAUGUAGAUACAAUCAGUAAAUCAGGCUUCACAAAAACUGUCAUCAAUACUCUGCCUUGUGAGGAAGAUGACGAUCUGACAGAGGAGCAGCGGGAACAGCGGAUGAGAAAAUUUGUCAAAGAAAAUGAGAAAGUUUUAAAAAAAUUUGGGAUGCUGCGGCGCUAUGAUGAUAGCAAACGAUUUCUCAAUGAAAACCAGCAUCUUGUUUGUGAAGAUACAGCUAACUACCUAGUAAUAUGGUGCAUUAACUUGGAAAUGGAAGAGAAACAUGAUCUUAUGGAGCAUGUAGCACAUCAAUGUAUAUGUAUGCAGUACAUUCUGGAAUUAUCAAAGCAGCUGGAUGUAGAUCCUCGAGCUUGUUUCUCUUCGUUUUUUACUAGGAUUCAGGUAGCUGAAGCAGAAUAUAAAAAAUCUUUUGAUGAUGAGUUACGUUCAUUUAAAGAGCGAAUUCGCAAAAGGUCAGCAGAGAAAGUACAGGAAGCAAUGCGAGAAGCAGAGGAAGAAGAAAAGAAAGCUCGUCUUGGACCUGGAGGAUUGGAUCCAAUUGAAGUAUAUGAAUCAUUACCUGAGAAACUAAAGAAAUGUUUUGAUGCUCAAGACAUACCAAUGCUACAGCAGGCAAUUGCAAAUAUGCCUGAAGAGGAUGCACGAUACCAUAUGAAGCGUUGCAUUGACUCUGGACUGUGGGUGCCUCAGAAGAAUAGUAAUGGUGAUAAAGAAACUGAAUGUGAUGCAGAAGCCAGUGGAGAGUGAAAAAGGGGCCCAUUAUUCAUGAACUGUAGACUGAACCAUUCUAAAGAUAUAAAAUAAUUUUGUUGUGAACAAUAUUUAAAUUACUUCACUUUUAAAGAGCUAAGACUUUCAAAAGCAUAAUGUAGUAUCUGUACUUCUAAUCCCAAGUUGUGUUAUACAGUGAAACCUCUAUCCAUCGUUCCCGGAA